CAAAGGGAGGAGGGCAGCAAGGAGCAACUUCGGGGCGGGAACAGAUGUUCCAGCGGCCGCCCCCCCGCGUGUCUGCCGCUCGCCCGCUAAAGGAGAUGAAUGGGGGGGGGGGGGCGCAGCGCGCGUGGCCCCGGGCGGCUCAUCGCUCAGCCGUCGCCCGCGCAGCCGAGGGGUCCGGGUGGGCGUCCCGACGCAGAUAUAGGGCGAGCGCGCGGGAGGGCGGGCAGCGGCAGCAGCAUGAGCGGCGCGGAGCAGAGCCACGCGGCGGCCCCGGCCCCCGACUCCGACCCGGGCCGGGCAGCGGUCGCCUCCGCCUACCAGCGCUUCGAGCCCCGGGCCUACCUCCGCAACAACUACGCGCCCCCUCGCGGGGACCUGAGCAGCCCCGACGGCGUCGGGCCUUGGAAGCUGCGCUGCCUGGCGCAGACCUUUGCCACUGGUGAGGUAUCUGGACACACCCUCAUCGACAUCGGCUCGGGCCCCACUAUAUACCAGCUGCUCAGCGCUUGCGCCCACUUCGAGGACAUCACCAUGACAGAUUUCCUGGAGGUGAACCGGCAGGAGCUGGGGCUCUGGCUACAGGAGGAGCCUGGGGCCUUCGACUGGAGCGUGUACAGCCAGCAUGUCUGCCUGAUUGAGGGCAAGGGUGAGUCCUGGCAGGAGAAGGAGCGCCAGUUGCGAGCCAGGGUGAAACGGGUCCUGCCCAUCGACGUGCACCAGCCCCAGCCCCUGGGCGCUGGGGGCCUGGCGCCCCUACCUGCUGACGCCCUGGUCUCUGCCUUCUGCCUGGAGGCUGUGAGCCCAGACCUUGCCAGUUUCCAGCGGGCCCUGGACCACAUCACCAUGCUGCUGAGGCCAGGGGGGCACCUCCUCCUCAUCGGGGCUCUGGAGGAGUCAUGGUACCUGGCUGGGGAGGCCCGGCUGGCGGUGGUGCCCGUGCGUGAGGUGGAGGUGAGGGAGGCCCUGAUGUGUAGUGGCUACAGGGUGCGGGACCUGUGCACCUACGUCAUGCCCACCCACCUGCGGACAGGCGUGGACGAUGUCAAGGGCAUCUUCUUUGCCUGGGCCCAGAAGAAAGAGGGAGUGUGAGGCCGGUGGGCCCAGUGCCAUGGUGGCCCUCCCCUCUCCCCCAGAUCCCCCGUCUUCUGAGGUGACACCUAAUAAAGAA